AUGGACGCAGCUGAUUCUGAUCCGGUUCGUCAAGCUCUCCGAGCACAGGGUCAGAGGCUCGCUCAGCAGGAGGAGCAACUGGCUACUCUGUGCUCUGGCCUGAGAGAAUUGGCUCAACGCCAAGACUCGAUUAUGGCCACUCUUGACUCACAGGGCGAGCGGAAGCGUGGGCCACUGCAGAGUGGAGCUGCCGAUCUCCUUCUUGCUCCUCUCUCAGAGUUUAUCAGGGCUUUAGAGCAGGUAUUCCAACACACUGCACCUGGUCGUGAGGCAUCUAGAUCACUGAUUAAAUUGAAACAAGGCAGACGUAGGGUGUCGGAUUACGCCAUUGAUUUCCGCACCCUGGUGGCUAAAAGUGAGUGGAACGCGGCUGCGUUAAUAGAUGUUUUUGUUCAAGGACUUUCUGAAAACAUCAAGGAUCAGCCGGUCUCAAUCGACCUCCCAGAGGACCUCGACUCACUCAUAGCGCUCUCAAUCAAGAUCGACAAGAGACUGUCGGAGAGAGAGCUGGAGAGGGGCCGCUUCCGGGUUCGCUCGCCGCUGAACAGGAGCUGGAGGAGCGACGCCACUGAUCUCCCCAGUCAUGUCAGGCCUGCAGCAUCCAGCCUCACCCCCGCAGGAGCCCGUGCUGAGGAGCCCAUGCAGCUGGGACUCACCCGUCUCCCCGUGGAGGAGCGACUUCGGCGACAGAGGGACGGGCGGUGCUUUUACUGCGGACAACUGGGACAUGUGGUGAGUGACUGUCACAUAAAGAACGCCAAGACGCCUGUGAAACCAAGAGUCGGGGGUAGACUGUAUUCCUUGUCUCCUCCAGAACGUAAGGCGAUGGAGGAGUACAUCACCGAGUCCCUCGCUGCUGGAAUUAUCCGACCAUCGUCAUCUCCUGCGGGAGCAGGAUUUUUCUUUGUGGACAAGAAGGACGGAACUCUACGUCCCUGCAUUGACUUCAGAGGACUCAACGACAUUACUGUUAAGAACAGGUACCCCCUGCCACUAAUAUCAUCUGCAUUCGAGCUUCUUGAAGGAGCUAAAGUGUUCACCAAGUUGGAUUUACGCAACGCGUAUCAUCUCGUCAGGAUCAAGGAGGGGGACGAAUGGAAGACUGCCUUCAACACCCCCACUGGUCACUAUGAGUAUUUAGUCAUGCCUUUUGGGCUUACCAAUGCACCUGCUGUGUUUCAGAAUCUGGUAAAUGAUGUAUUAAGAGACAUACUCAAUGUUUUUGUUUUUGUUUACCUAGAUGAUAUCCUGAUCUUCUCCCCUGAAGAGGAAACCCACAUCCAACAUGUUCAAGCAGUUCUGGAAAGAUUACUACAGAACCAGCUCUUUGUAAAAGCAGAAAAGUGUGAGCUCCACCAGUUGUCAGUCUCGUUUUUGGGGUUUGUACUCGCAGAGGGGGAGGUCAGGAUGGACCCACUGAAGGUGUCAGCAGUUCAGGAUUGGGCCACACCUAGUAACUGUAAGGAGGUACAGAGGUUUCUGGGGUUUGCUAACUUCUACAGAAGAUUUAUCAGGAAUUACAGUACUAUUGCUGCCCCUUUGCAUAACCUGACCUCUCCUCAUAAAUCUUUUGUGUGGUUCUCAGAUUGUGAUGUGGCUUUUCAAAGCCUCAAGGAGAGCUUCUCCUCCGCUCCAGUGCUCAUCCUCUCGGACCCCAGCCAACAGUUCGUGGUCGAAGUAGACGCCUCUGACGUGGGUAUUGGGGCCAUCCUGUCACAGAUAAACCCCAAGGACGGUAAACUACACCCCUGUGCAUUCUUGUCCAAGAAAUUAACCUCCUCUGAACAGAAUUAUGAUAUUGGGGACCACGAGCUGUUGGCUGUAAAGGUGGCGCUGGAGGAAUGGAGGCACUGGUUGGAGGGGGCUCAGAUCCCGUUUCAGGUUGCUAGGGGCAACGGUCAGCCUCUCUUCUGGGUUCCACCCCCAGACCAACAGCCAGUCGGAGCGAGCCAAUCAGGAGUUGGAGAAAGGACUUCGCAUCAUGGCUUCGCAGCACCCGGGGACUUGGUCGGAGAAGUUGGUUUGGGUGGAGAAUCGGAUUCAUCUGUUCCAUCCGCAUUGGCCUUGGUGAGGCGCUGCAGGAGAACCUGGGAGCGGGUUCGUCAGGUCCUCCUUAAGAGCUCUUCAGCCUACAAGGUCGCUGCGGAUCAGAAGAGGUCCUCUGCUCCUAAUUACGUCACGGGUCAAAAGGUCUGGCUCUCCACCAAGAACCUGCCCCUCAGAGUUGAGUCCAGGAAGCUCGCUCCCAGGUUCAUCGGUCCGUUUCCCAUUUCUAAGGUGGUCAAUCCUGCAGCUGUCCAGCUUAAGUUGCCAAGGUCAUUGUGGAUUCACUCCACCUUCCAUGUUAGCCACGUCAAGCCCAUUAAGUCCAGCCCACUCUGCCCUCCGGCCAAGCCCCCUCCACCCCCCCGGGUCGUCGAUGGUGGUCCUGUCUUCACGGUUCGACGACUCCUGUCUGCUCGCUGUCGGGGACAUGGAAUUCAGUACCUGGUGGACUGGGAGGGAUACGGUCCAGAGGAGCGGACUUGGAUCCCGUCACGUUUUGUUUUGGACCCUCAACUCAUCCAGGACUUUCAUUCUGCUCACCCUGAUGCUCCUGGGCCUUCAGGAGCCGGCCCUUGAGGGGGGGGUACUGUCAUGAUCCUGUUUUCAGUUAGUUAAGUCACCCAUUUUGUGUUCAUGUUUUGUGUCUUGUCCUGUACUUCCUGUUUUAUUUUGAAAGAUUCACCUGUCUCUCCUUGUCUCCGUAGGUUUUACUUCCUGUCUGGCGCUGUCACACCUGUUUCCUGAUUGUUCCUCCCCAGCUGUGUCUCAUCACCCCCUAUCACCUCAUGUAUUUAAUCCUCAUGUCUUCCCCUGUCUUGUUGCCAGUUCGUCAUACGUCACAGUCUUCGUCCCAGCACUCUUUCUUGUCUCGUCUUGCCGGUAAUCACAGUUUUGUCAUUGAUCUAGCUUUUGCCUCACAAUUUGGAUACCUUAGCCUGUCUUGUUUGAUUCUCUGUGUACUGAACCCUGCCUGUCUUUUGGUAAUAAACUUUGC